CAAUUUUCUAUUCAUCUCUUUCAUAAAAAUGUGUAUUAGUCUAAAUCAACUACAACAAAUAAGGUGAUUAGUGUCAGUUGUUUUUUAACGACAUCAUUAGAAAAUAGAAACCAAUUUUGAAACACAACGACAACAAGUCACAAAAUUAUUAUAUAAAAAAUAAAUUACAGCGAGAAACUAAAACGGCCGGUUCAGAUAGAAAUCAUUAAACCGAGUAAUUGGUUAACUGGUCUAAUCGUAUUUGUUUUUAUUUCUCCAAUGAAUGAGCUGACGGAGCUUCACAUCGCCGAGAGCUUCGUCACGAGAUCCAUGGCGGCCAUUUCUCCUCUCUUCCUUCUCUUCCUCAUUCCCAUUAUCCCACUAUCGCUUCUCGCUAUCUUAGCCCUAAUUGUACGUCCUCGUCCCAUUAAGAUCCCUAUCAAGUCCCGUCACGCCUUCAUCACCGGUGGAUCUAGCGGCAUCGGUCUUGCUCUCGCCCACCGCGCCGCUUCCGAGGGCGCUCGUGUCUCAAUCCUCGCCCGAUCCGGAUCAAAGCUCGAGGAGGCUAAGAAAUCGAUCCAGCUCGCCACUGGUGUCGAAGUCGCCACAUUCUCUGCAGACGUUCGCGAUUACGAUGCAGUCUCGAAGGCGAUAGAUGAAUCGGGACCGAUCGAUGUGUUGAUUGUUAACCAAGGUGUGUUUACGGCGAAGGAGCUGGUGAAACAUAGUCCUGAAGAUGUCAAAUUCACGAUUGACGUAAAUCUUGUUGGGAGCUUCAAUGUGAUUAAAGCCGCUUUGCCUGCCAUGAAAGCAAGGAAAGAUCGUGGACCUGCUUCCAUCAGUCUCGUCUCCUCUCAAGCUGGUCAGGUUGGUGUCUAUGGUUAUGCUGCAUAUUCAGCAAGCAAGUUUGGUCUUCAGGGUUUAGCGCAAGCAUUGCAACAGGAAGUUAUAUCUGAUGAUAUUCAUGUCACUCUUAUUUUUCCUCCUGACACUAAUACACCCGGCUUUGAAGAAGAACAGAAGAGCAGACCUGAAGUCACUGCCAUAAUAGCUGCAUCCUCUGGUUCAAUGGAAACAGAAGAAGUAGCAAAAAAGGCUAUGGAUGGCAUAAAAGCAGGAAACUUCACCGUCUCAUGCAACUUUGAGGGAUUCUUACUGUCUCUCGCGACAACCGGCAUGUCCCCUCAAAGAUCAUUUUGGCUUGCUUUUCUUGAAGUUAUAACCGCAGGGCCUAUAAGAUUAAUCGCUCUCUUCUUUCAAUGGGAUUGGUAUAAAGCCAUUGAAAAAUGGAGCAAAACCAAAACCAAAUGACAGCCCGACAAUGUAUCUUGAAGUGCUUUUGGCAGAAGCUUAAACAUUGAUGGGUAUUCUCAAACCUUCUUCUCAGUCCGGUACCACGCCAGCUAGUCGACUAUACCAAUUCAGAAUAUCGACAUUGCUGAUAGUUUUGUAGAAACUCGUCAAGAUUCAUGUUUCCGGUCUUUGAACAAGCUCUGUUUUUUCUUUUUUUUUAUAGAGAAAUCAAAGAACUCAUUUGAAUGUAUUUUUUACUUGGUCAAGAAGUGAAUGUUUUUCACAAGAUGAAAUGUAAAUGAUGUAUUUGAAAGAAGUAAAAACUUCAAAACCAAAAUUUGAGUGUGUGCUGUUCUUGAGGCUUUUAAACAACGUGCAGUCUGAUUUGUUUG